CUUGUUGGCGUGCGCUGUGUAGUUUGGCGCCAGCGUUUUCGCGGGGAGGUCUUGAGUAAAAAAAAAAAAAAUUAAGAGCACAAAAUAAAACAAUAUGUUCACGAUCAGAUUUUAGGUAUUAAGCGAUCGUAUCUUGGUUUUGUAGUUCUCAAGGGCUGUAUAACAAUGUUAAGAUAAGAAAGUUCAUCUUCUUUAUGAACAAGGUUAUUAUCCCAGACAGACUGCACUUUCUGUCAUCCCUCCUUUUCCCAGGGCUCUGUGUAGGAAGGUGAUGGCUACCGUUCUCUCUACAAGUUCUAGCAUAUUGCCUCUGCUGGAGACCCUGGAGGAUUCCACUGUAUCCCUGACUGAGCAGACUGAUGCCUACCUCACUAUUGCAAAGCGUCUGAGUGGGGAGGAUGGGAGACAGUUUAUCCCUGUAGUUGGAAAGCACUUUACACGUCUCUGUAAAGCUUUUAAGGGACACAUUUCAAGCCAGAAUUCUGAACUCUGCCAGGCAGCACUUCAAGCAUUGGGUUUCACUGUUUUCCACAGCAGCAUUGUGUCUGGGUUACCAGUAACUUAUGUGGAAGAGCUGAUUUUGGCUCUCAACUCCCUUGCUGUUAAAUCCUGCGACAAGAAUACUUGCACCCGGGCACUUUGGGUGAUUGCUAAACAGAACUUCCCAGCUGAAGCAGUUGGAAAGAAGGUACCAGAUAUUCUAAAAAUGUUAGAAACCGUACAUGCCAGGCAAGACGUGCAGUCGAUGGUGAUGGAGCACGAAGCACUAAAUGUUGUUAUAAGGCUGUUGGAGCAGACUCCAGCUCAGAUGGGGGAGGGUGCAGUCACAUGGGCUAAGCUUGUGAUUCCAUUGGUGGUACACUCCGCCCCCAAGGUGCGAUUACGGGCAGCAGCAGCUCUGGAGCUGGGAAUACCUCUUCUGAUCGAGAAGCAACAGGAGGUGGCAGCCAUCACAGAGGCCCUUAUGUCUUCAAAACUGAUACCAGAACUGCAGAAGCUGUUUUCAUCCAAGAACGAGACUAAUGUGCUGAAACUGUGGCCCCUGUUUGUGAGGUUACUGGGAAAGACCCUGCACCGCGGAGGAGCUUUCAUUAACUCUCUGUUGCAUUUGGAAGAGCUGGGUUUCCGCAGCAGUUCUCCAGUAGUGAAGAAAAUCGCCUUCAUCGCCUGGAAAAGCUUGAUUGAUAACUUUGCGUUGAAUCCAGAUAUCCUUUGUAGUACCAAGCGUCUGAAAUUACUGAUGCAGCCUCUCGCCACAAUCCAAGUGAGAACUGAAGUCCUGCUGCUGACUAAACUGGAGGUCUGGUGGUACUUGGCAGUGAAACUUGGGCCACAUUUCACUGCUAACUUUGAACAGGUGGGGAUUCCUCUGGUCCAAAGCACAAUGAUUGCAGAUUCUACUGCGAUAUCUCUGGGGACUCCUGCAAAAACAGUGGCAAACCAGUCCAUCAGCGCUACUCAGACUACCCCCAAAACUGGCCCUAAUGCUUUUGCAAGCCCUGCUUCGACUCCUCGGCUCAGCCUGAACAGUAGUGUGCAUGCAUCGGCCGCGUACCCAUCAAUUCAGCUGCUGGGGCUGGAGAUGCUGCUUCACUUUCUCCUGGGCCCGGACAUCACCGCUGCGGCCGCACAGAGCAAGCUCCAGCUCAGUCUGGAACCACUUGCAAAUCCACUAAUCACCAGCCCUUCAUUUUUCUGCAAGCAUGCUGGAGUUCUCAUAAACUCAGUCCGAGACGGGCUCAUUACUGUAGGCAAAGAGGCUCCAGAUGCCACACUUAACCUUAUCUGGAAGAAUCUAAUUGGCUUUGUGACCACAGCAAUAGAAACAGGCAAUAAAAAGGAGCGGCAGGGCUCGGAGGUUUUGACCCUGUUCUUGCAAGCUUUACACACCAUAGUAACUUCAGAAGCACUUCCUGCACACCGAGCAUUGAUUCUUCUUGAAGCCACUGUGAAAGGAAUCCCUCCUAAAAUACUGGGUUCACCAGCGUACCAGGUAGCCAAUAUGGAUGUUUUAAAUGGAACUCCUGCACUGUUCUUGAUGCUCUUGUUCUAUCACAGUAGCUUGCUGGAGUCCUUUGUAACUGAGGAGAGGUUUUUCUUAAGUGUGGAGACACUAGUUGGCUGUGGUCUGUCUGGUCCCACAUCUCCGCUGGCGUACAGUGAGUCCAUUCUGAACGUUAUCAACCAGAGGGCCACCCUGGUGGUGAACAAGGAGCACCUCUGGAGAAUGUGGAGCAUCGUAGUUAACCCUUUAACAGAUAGGAUUGCACAUACAAAUGAAGUCAAUCAAGGAGAUGCCUUAGAACAUAAUUUCACUGCUGUGCAUGGUGCUCUGAUGCUGCCCAUAACUCACCUCCUCACAGUAAAGGGAUUCCCACAGGGCACGAUGAAGUCUCUGCUGCGCUCCUGGGCAGAGCUCUACAGGGUGUUUGCACGCUGCGCUGCUCUGGUGACUACAGCUGAAGAGAACGUCUGCUGUGAGGAGCUGUGUGUUAAAAUGACACCAGUCCUGGGAAAUGAUGCUCUGUCGAAUCUGUCAACGUUGGAAGCAGUUGUUAACAUUCUAACCGUCAUUAUUGAGUGCAUCGACUUUUCACCUUACACUCCCAGGUUUCAACAAAUUAUAAACUCUCCACAUACACCAUCCAGCUGGAUGCGAAAGAAGAAUAAGCCCCUUGGAAACCUGACCUCUUACAUGAAGCUGCUGGUGCGGGCUGUGGACUCGUUCCACUCGCAGGGUGAUGCAGAGCCCCUGGCGGACACACGUUCCUCUUCCAUGACUUUAGUGGGGACUUCCAUCAUCAACAUUCUGUCAAUGCUUUUCAGCAACCUGUCCCUGUCUGCUGCCAUCGGAGAAUCCCUUUCAAGCCUCACCAGACCCAUAACCACGUUUUACCAAAAAACUGCAAAGCCCCAAGCUGAUGUGCCAAAGGUCUAUGCAGUUCUUGCACACAAGCUGGAAAAACUACUGGGAGAGAUUCUAACCUGCUUGCAGUCUCGAUUUGCGACCGCCUAUGAUGAUGAACUGUUGGAACAGCUGGCGCCGUUGCUGAGUGUUCUUUUCCUUCAUCAGAACAAGCAGUUCCGGAACCAGAUAGCUCAAUUUUGGAAUGCCACUUUUGCAAAGGUUUCAGCAUUGAACUACCCACAGGAACUCAAGCCUGUUCUGAACCAGGUAAAGCAGAAACUUCUCAUUAUACUGCCUGGUUUUGAAGCUGUUGAGGUAGCUGUUGAUGAGUCCAGUGGACCUUACUCUGAAAAUAGUGAGUGUUCCCAGUUGGCCACGAAGGUCAGUGGCUUGGAAGUGAAGUCUGCAGGAAAAAGGGAUUCCUUGCUUUCCAGAGCGGACAACCUAAAGGAAAAACACUCUGCACCAGUGGCGGUGAAACUGGACUUUGGUUCUCCCAAGCCCCUUCGCAGGGAACUUCUGUUGGACGAGGAGAAAUCUGUGGACUUUGUGUUUAUCCCCCCAGAGCUCAAGCAGAGAGUGCUAACUGAACACCAGAAGGAGGUUCUGAGAACAAAAAGGGUUGAUAUUCCUGCCAUGUAUAAUAACCUGGAUGCUUCUCAAGACACCACCCUUUUUACACAGUACAGUCAGAGCCAGGAGGACUCUACGGAUAAACCAGCCACAGAUGUGAAGAUGGAAGAAGCCACUUUAGACAUAGAAGAGAGAUCUGAGGACCAAGAUGAAAAGAUGGAAAUGGAAAAAGCCUUUGAUGUGGCGCAACCAGAACCAAAGAUACAAAAUAAUGAAGAAAACCUUAAUGUGGGUUCCAAAAUGGAAACUCCUGAGUCCAAUUCGCCUGACCCUGAAAGGGAUAACCCUGAAGACCUUGUUGAGACUUUAAAAGCUCCAGAUGUUUCAAAGGAGGAGCCCCCUGGGGUUGAGGAUGUUGCCAUGGAGACAGAGGACAGCAGUGUCAACGUUAGCAACAGUUCUACCUCUUCAGAUGUGGUGUCUGGGACUCCCCAGAAACCAUCUAGUCGGCGUCAGUCUUUUAUUACUUUGGAGAAGUUUACUUCUAUAGAUGGAAAUAUCUGUAGUCCUGUUAGGCUUAACGCAUUCAUGGGGUCAGAUAGCAAAGCCUUAAAGUUUGCUAGUCAGGAAGCUGUGGAGGUUGAACCAAAGGAGGCUGAAACACCCCUGGAGAAAAGCCCAGAGACGGCAGUAGACAGUACCAUUCCAAUGCCUGAAAAGCCUAAGCGCGGGCGUCCGAAAGGCCGUAAAAGUGGCAGCACACCUGUAUUGGCAUCAAAAUUUGAGAAAAGCUCUGAACAGUCAAAGGAAGAGAAGGAAACAAAGCCUAAAGUGGAAAAAAACGAUAUUAGUCACAGUGAUGGAGCAGAAGAGGACUGUAUCCCAGAUACACAGCCAGUGAAGCCUGACUUCUCUGAGUGUGUGAAUGUAGAGGAAGUAGGGAAACCCCAGGAAAACACUGAAUCCAAGGAAAAUACGCCCCCUGGAGAAUUGGAAAACCAGGACAACGAAGGUCAAGCUUCUGAAAGUCAGUCUAGUCAGAACGAGCCUAGGCGUUCCUCAAGACGGUUUAGUCAACCAUCGCGCUCUUUGGAUUGCUCAGAAAGCCAAGAGAGCGGAGAGAAAGGAAAAACUAAAAAGAGAGGUCCAAAAACCAUGGAGGAAAAAGCCAUUGAAAGAAAAGCUAGUCUAUAUCAUGUGGGCCAAGCUGAACAUCAGCAGGCAUCUUCUCCAACUGCAAGCCAGACAGACACUCAGUUACAGGGGGAAACCAGUAAGAGGAACAACAAAGCUCCAGGGAGAGAAGACAGGGCUACCAGGAGAAGUGUUUCCACCACAGCAGUGGAGACAGCAUCUCCUUGUGAGGCAGAGGAAGGGAGUAAAGAAGCCUCACAAGGGCGUAGCAGGUACCAAACUCGGAGAUCUUCUCAGGGUUUGCUUUCCAGCAUCGAAAAUUCUGAAUCUGAUGGCUCAGAGACUCGUGAUGAUGGUCAGAAGAUGAAAAAGAGUGGAAGAGGAAGGAAGCCUAGCAAAAUUACAGACUCUUCAGACUUUAAAACUGAAGGCAAACCCCACGUGGUGGAAAGUGCAGCAGUAGCAGAUCAAAUUGAAACUACUGAUGUGGAAAAUGCCAUUGAGCAAGCAGGGGAUGAGGACGGCAAUACAGUGGUUUUACAAGUUCCAGAUCUCAAGAACACAAAUGAGAUCCCUACAGUUCUCGAGCCUGCGGAUGUGUCUGGGAAUUUUAAUAAUAAGCAGAGUGUUUCUUUUGAUCAGGAAAACAAAACAUACAGUAUAAACAGAACUUUAGAUACAGAGUCUUGUUCAGAGCCCAUGCAGGAGAACAAGACUUGCAUGAUAAACAGUGAAAUGUCCAGUAUGUCCGAGAGUAUGAUCACAGAGCCUACUGUCGGGGACUUUUCGACUGCGCACUCGGAUGUCUUCAGUGCUUCUGCAAAGAGCGAAAAUCUGCAAUUGUGCUCUUGCAGCAAGCGGGGACGUGGACGCAGGCGUUCCAAGGUCUGCAACCACUGUGUGGCAGACCUUCAGCAAGAUAAAGACCUCUCUGGCAUACAAGAUUCAGAAAAGCAAGUGUUAGAACCGAUUGAGCUUUCAUCUGGAAUAUCCUCGGGGGGCCAGCAGUUUGACGACAGUGUUUUCGACCCCAAUGCUAUGAGCACCCCACUGCUCUCCAAGGAUCCAGUGUUCUUUAGCAGCUCUGUAAGCCAGCUGGCUUCGAGAAAUGAUUUGGAAGAUGAGAAAACUACCAUUCUCGGAACUGUGACUUUAAUAGAGGGAGUUGAGCAGGACACCUUGGUUGCUGCCACCAGUGAGCUCUGUGAGCAGACAUCAGUUGCCAUAAAAAAAAUGCAGGUUGAAGGGCAACAGGUUCUGGAAACAAAAAAGGUUCAAUCAGAAACUAAAGAACACCCAGAGCAAGAAACUCCAACCAGUGAGGUAGAGGAGGACCAGCAGUUGGUGCCCCUUGAGGAAUGGACUGAGAAGAAGCUUGAAGAAACUGUGGAACCACCAGAGGAGAAGCAUCUUGACAAGAUGCAAGGGGUGGUGGAGGAGAUCUCUGAAGCCACCCAGCUAGAAGAUGAUGUCUUCCCUACUGGAGUAGUUGCUUCAUCACUUGGCCUGCCCGAAGAGUCUUUGGUGCUUAAACAAGCAGAUUCUGAAACAUUAAAUUUGGACUCUCCACCGAAGCAGGGUUUUGAUGCGGCUUGUCUAAUAGAAGUGGGCCAGAGCCCCAGCGGCACAAAACCCCGAGGUGUGUGGUCCCCUACAGCUUCCCCUUCCACAAGCAUCCUGAAGAAAGGUUUGAAGAGGCCGCUGGAGGAUGACUCUCCAUCACCUCUCAACAAGAACCGUCGAGUGUCCUUCGCCAACCCAAUCUAUCAGCAGGAACUGGCUGAUGACAUUGAUCGUCGUAGCCCAGUUGUAAGGCCGUCUUCAAAUGGCUCUCCAAGAUCCAAAAGCCAUAGCGCAUCAAUUACACAACAGAAGGGCUUGCUGAGCCUGAGCCCCCGCAAUCUCCAUAGCCCUGGAUUCAAGAGCUCCAAGAAAUGCUUGAUAUCGGAAAUGAGCGGAGAAUUGAAGCCUAUCCCCAAGGACUGUGUGUACCCUUCUCUGGUGGGUUGUUCAGUUCCUGUGGAGGUGAUCUUGCCACAGCUUACUUCGAGUAUGUGGGCGCGGGGAUUUGGCCAGCUUGUUAGAGCCAAGAAUGUAAAGACAGUUGGUGAUCUGAGUGCUCUCACUGCUGCAGAGAUCAAAGCCCUCCCCAUUCGCUCUCCAAAACUACUCAACGUGAAAAAAGUGCUUAGAACGUAUCACGAACAACAGAGCAAAUUGCGUAGUGUUGACGAUCUCAAAGGAUUUGAUGAAACGGAGAAAAUGACUUCUGAAGCUGAGGACAAGGAGCCAGUCCUGAAUAUUGAGGAGGAGGAGGAGAAGCUAGCAGCUGAAUUGGCUGAUAUUCCUGUUCCAGCUGCAGUUAUGAAGCCACCUUCUGACCUACCCUCCGACGUGGAAGCUCUUAACACUCGGUUCAGCUCUGAAGACCUUGGGAAAUACUCCAGCAACCAGCUGUUCACAAUGCACCAGCAGAUGAGCGGCAUGUUGAACGAUAUUGUGAGCAAUCUGCACUCCCGCAUAAGUUCUCCAUUGAUGGAGAGUUCAGACUGACCUGUGGGCAAUCAAACAACUUCAACGCAUUUCCUUGUUUUUAAAUAAAGCCGAUCCACAUAGUUUUUUAAUAAGACACUGGAUUUUUUUGGGGGGUGUUUUUUUUUUUUUUUUUAAAUGUUGAACAUCUCCAGUUGAGCACUGUGCUUUGGCUAAAAGUGGCAUUAUGGGCUCAAGAAUCCAGUGGAUGAAGGAGGUAAUGCUACACCACCACCUUCUUUUUUAUAUAUUGUAUGGUUCAUGUUGUUUUUGAAAUAAAGGGAGUACGUCCCUAUUCGAUUUUUUUGACUAAAGGUGUGGUUGCUCUCUUCAGACAAAUUAAACAGUUCAGUAUGCACCCCCCCCCCACCCCCCAGGAUGUUGGGCCCUUGGUAAUUUCUCUACCUAAGUGAGCACUGCACUUUUAGGACUUACUACAUAUAAAUAAAACCUACGUACCUUUUUGGUUUGUUUGAGUACUACUUUAUACAGUGUAGUUGCUGAGUGUCCUUGAUAAAUUAGGGUGUGUCAACAUGUUAGAGGUUUUUUAUUGUUUUUUUUAGAGGAGGUUCUCCAGAUACAUUCAUGUAAAAGCCUGGGUUGUGUUUUUUUUUUUUUACAUUUGUCAGUUUUUGCCCUUUGUAUACCUGAUAAGCCCGGCAUUUCUGUUCAGGACAUACUUGUAGACCGGAAUUCAGAUUACAGGAUUACAUAUUGCUAAAAACUUGGAGCAGUUAAUGUAAGUGCACUUAAAUCCUGCUUUGUAUGAGCUAAUCCAACUGUUCCUGCUUGUUCCAGGUAAGAACUUACAUUUUAACAUUGAAAUGUUCCACAGUAUAAUAUUCUAUUUACAACUAGCUGUUGGGCAGGGCAGCUCAUUUGUUAGCAUAUGUCAAGUUUUGUUCUAAUCUUGUUGCUGUUUGAGUGUUUUUCAUUGUAUAGUAGAUACUGAUAGUUGUCAAGUAAAGGAGAUGGGGUGCCAAUGUCUCUAUGGUAUUCAUAAUGUAUUUUCUGUUACACAAGACAGAGACGUACACUGCAGAAACAUGGUGAACUUUAUUAGCCACUCUUACAAGGAACACAGCCUUUUUUAUUUGUUAACCCCACC